GAUUUAGCUUUAUUCGCAUUCAGUCAUCGUCCGGAGAAACCUUGAAACGAGUAAACGGUCUUGAAAAAAUAUGUAUGAAAUGUUGCAACCCCUUUGAGGUACUUAAGUAUAGGCAACUCGGCAUACAGCGUGGUAGUUCUGGUUUAGAUUUUGAUAAGUGAAUAAUUCAUGGAGGUAGUCGACGAAUUCAAGUCUGAUGUGGGCAUGGUUGUGGUAUAGUCAGUCAAAGCAACAGCCCAGAGCCAUUGAUGUAGUUAACGGUAUCUUUAGCACACGUGUAAGUGUAGCUGCUUGCAAUCAACGACAAUCGUUGAAUUACCGCAAAAUCGAGACAGAUAUCUUUAUAAUGAGCGAUACAUUUUCCUCGCAGGAAACUAGCUCAAGUAGUUUUGACAAUGGGGAAAUAGUCAAUCUUUAUCAAAACAUAAAAAAGACGCUAGAAGAAGUUCAAAUGAUUGCCAGCCAAGUAAAUUCGAACUACAAUGCGCUCGAAGUAAAAAUGAAAUUUACAGCGCAGCUAAUAACAGCGAUUCAGAUCUCGAAUCGAUUUAUAAAAGAAAAAUAAGGUCAAUGUUCAUCUCAGCACAUGAUCAAUAUUCCAUUGCUAUUCUUCGAAAUACCGUCAUUAUAACAAAGAAAAUGUAUCUUAUGCCAGAUAAUUUUUUGUAAUAAACUAUCCAUGGAGGAUUACAUGAAUCCUCCGUGAAUAAUCUACCGUUGA